UGCUCUCUCUUUCUCCAUUUCUUCUUCUCUUUCUUACCUAGCCCCUCUCCUGGAAACUGGUGUGAACAAAGACAAAUGCCAGGCCUAAAAUGCCAACAGGAACCUACAAUUAGGAUCUGCUUUCUGAGCAUUUCAGGAGCGGCAGAGCCAGAUCUUCAGUAUGUCUGCAUUGUGGCUGCUCCUGGGCCUGCUGGCCCUGACUGACUCAUCUGAAAGCCGCGACGGGGGAUGUUACGGGAACAUCCAGACCCUGGACACCCCAGGAGCAUCCUGUGGAAUUGGAAGACGUCACGGCCUGACCUACUGUGGAGUCCGUGCUUCUGAAAGGCUGGCUGAAAUCGACCUGCCUCACCUGCUGAAAUACCAGCCCAUUAUGCGGACAGUCGGCCAGAAGUACUGUGUGGAUCCUGCAGUGAUCGCGGGGGUCCUGUCCAGGGAGUCUCUCCGAGGCAGGGUUCCAAUCAACAUGGGCAUGCCGAUCAACAUACCGCAGGAUACAAAUGCUUUUGCUCCCACAUCCUGGAUCAGUGAGUCCCAGGUUUCCCAGAUGACCAACGUCCUGACCAGUACAAUCAAAGAAAUCCAGAGGACAUUUCCAACCUGGACCCCUACCCAGUACCUGAGAGGUGGACUCUGCGCCUACGGCAGGGGUUCUGGCUUUAUCAGAAGCAGCCAGGACUUGAGCUGCGACUUCUGCAACGAUGUCCUUGCACGUGCCAAAUACUUCAAGAGACACGGCUUCUAGAACCCAAGCUUGUGUCACACAAGGCCUCAACUGUUGCACAGAAAAAGCUAGCCGAUGGAGCUUGCCGUUGUGAAUCUGGGGUUGACCAGAGAAGGUCAUCAAAAUAACUAUGAAUCAUAUUAAAGGAAGAAUUGUUACCUGCA